UACAGUUUUUAAAAAGGACUGUAGUGUGUGUGUAUCCAGUUGUUUGUACCAGAUCAUUGAUCAUUGUGGUUCACCCAUGAUGCACAGGAAAAAACAGAAUAAUGUAAAUUAACUCACUUUGUGUAAUCAAAUUAAAUGGAAAUCAAAUGUAAAUUUUAUGUAGUUUGGGCUUAGCUGUUUCUAAGCAUUACUGACAAAACAUGUUUGUAUCUUUUGGUCCAUAAACACAAUUACUCGCCGCACUGAAAUCCAGGCAUCAACUCACCUUUAUUUAAAAAAGACUUAGGACACGGUGACCAGCUUAAUGGUUGUGCAGCAACAUUAUUGCACAACAAGUGAGUUGUAUGAAGCCACAAGUUUUUGCACAAUGCAUGUUUAAAUAAAUAUACAGUAGAUUUAUGUAGUAAAACAAAUUAUGAAAUAUAUAUUGUAUUUGGCCAAGUUGCAGCUUGGUCCCAAAGGCUUUGACGUGUGAAUACAGUUUGCUUAUCACUGCAUUCUGUCCCUGAAGGCUCGUGUUCAGUGCAUUCAGGUGCUGUGUUAUGUCACUAAAAACAUUGGGCAUCUGUUUAGAGUUGUGUUUGUUGCCUCUUGGCUGUUCAGGAGCUGUUGGAGGAGGAGCUAAACGAUGUAUUUAAACGGUUCCUGUCCCUCGUUCUGCAGAAUAGAAUAUUUUUCUUUGUGACUUUGACACUUGACACAGGAGAUUCGGUGGAUUUGUGUCAUCACAUACUAAUGAUACAGUAAACAGUGUGUAUGUAAUGUGUAGUAUGCUGUUAUUUAUCUUUUGUAUUUAUGCUUCUAGGUGUGUCCUCCAUUUUUACUUUCUAAGGAAUGAGUUUUGACUUUUAAACCGCUGCUGAUUACUUGAUUUUUUUAACGUCUCAUCAUCAUCUGAGGACUCUUUGAAGACUUGCUGUUACAUUGUAUUCAUAUCAUUUAUUGUUGCCGUCUCUGGACAUGGAUAACUUUGUUCGUAACAAAUUGACUGAAUGGGGCUUCUGCAACUUGAUAGAAAGAUUUGAAGAUAAAGGCAUCGACAAGGAAAGUCUUUUGUGUCUUGAAGAUCAUCACAUUGAUAGCCUGAUUCCAAAAUUAGGACAAAGGGCAAAAUUCACAAAACGUCUCAAGUUGUUAAAGGAGGACUCAAAAACAAAUUGUCAAGAAGCAGAGGACGUUUCUAAUGCUGGACCAUCCACCAGUGCCUCCAGUGAGAAAGGAAACAGAGCCUUGGACCUUGAUGGUGAAUUGCAGCCACCAUCUAAGAGGCAAAAACCUGGCUUCAUAGGAUCAAACUCAGAAGAAAUCAUACUUUCUUGUGGGAAAAGCAUCAUGAGUCAAGUCCAUGGGAGACUGCAUUUGGAUGAACACACAAAACUCAAUGAUUUCCUGAAGAGUAAAAUUCGUGGAUUGGAGACUGACAAAAGGGAGCUCAUCGGUGUCUUUGGCAGAAGUGGAGCUGGAAAGAGCUCUCUGAUAAACGCCGUCAUUGAAGAGUUUAACCUUCUGCCCUCUGGAGAUUUCAAAGCAUGUACCUCCGUCAUGAUUAAAGUGGAGGCCAACAUGCUCAAUUUUAAGUAUGAGGCAGAGAUAGAGUUCAUUUUAAAAGAGGACUGGAAGGAUGAGCUGUGGUGUUUGUAUAAUAAUGUAGGGGACGAUCACGAAAUUGAAGACAAGCUAACAGCAUUGUAUGGAGAAGAAUGGAGAAAUAAACCUCCCCUUGAAAACCUCCUGGACAGCAAAUAUUUUAAAGAAAUCCCAGAGUUUCUCAUGGACAAGAAGAAAUUUUUGACAUCUGAAUCUGGUGCAGAACUGUCAGCAAAAUUACUGAAAUACACGAUAAGUGAGUCCAUUGAUGAAGCAGAGAAGAGGUGGUACUGGCCCCUGGUGAAGUGUGUGACUGUCAGGGUGCCUAAAAAUCCUCUUCUCCAGCACGUCACACUUGUGGACCUUCCUGGAAAUGGGGACUGUAACAGGAGCAGAAACGAAAUGUGGAAAGAGUUUGUUGGAAGUUGCUCCACUGUGUGGAUUGUGACUGACAUUAAUCGAGCAGCAUCAGAGGACGACGCCUGGGAGAUCCUGGAAAGUGCCUGCAGCCUCAUAGGAAACGGAGGCCAGUGUCAGCAGAUUCACUUCAUCUGCACCAAGUCUGAAUAUUCUGAAAAAUUUGAUGAGCUUUCAAGAGAUGCAGUUCGUGGUCACAUAUUUAAAAGAAACAUGAAAGCCAAGGAUGAAGUACAGAAAAAAUUCAACACACUAAACAAUGUCAAGAAACAUUUCAAUGAUGGAUGUUUCAAAGUGUUCACAGUGAGCUCCAAAUUGUUUCGGAAAGAAAAGCAAUCUAAACCUUCUGUUCUACAGCUUGAUGAAACUGAAAUACCCCAACUUCAGAAGUUUCUGCAAAAUCUCAACGACUGUCACUCAGAAACAUUAAACUUUGUUUCUGGAGCUUAUGGGAUUCUGUCAUUGAUGCAAGGAGCCCGCAGCAGAGACACGGCUGACAGCAAAACUGAGGUCUGCCUACGACUUGAAGAAAAGUUACAGCAGGAAUUUCAGAAAAUUGCAGAAACCAUGAAAAAGACUUAUAAGGAUUUUGAAGAAUGUCUGAUUGACGGAGUUAGAAAUUCAGAAAGUUCAUGUGAAGAAACCUUGCACAGGUUUUUAUAUCCAAGACAAAAAGGCAGUGGUUUCCAUAAAACAUUAUCGAGUGUCGUUGAGCGCAGUGGUGUCCACAAACGAACAAAAGGAAAACCCAUAAACCUCAAUAUGAAGUUAAGCUCAAAGCUGACUGACAGCAUUGAUGAGAUAUUCAGGAACACCUUCCCGAAUGAAGGAAAACCAUUCAGUGAAGUCAUCAACGCCUUUUCCCUGGACACAGAGAAGCUGAUUGAAAAGUACAAAGCUGUUGAACUGCAAAUGAUAUUUCUAAAGAUAGAGGAAGAAAGAAUUAAGACAAGACUCACCAAAAUUAUUCGUGAUCGAAAGAAAACAAUCUACAGCAGCCUGACUGAGAUGAUCGAGGACACUAUGCAAGAUGGAUAUAAAAAAGCAGCAAAAUUUAGAGGAAAACACAAACUAAAAAGCAUGAGGGAGACACUGAAGACACAUUUACAUGAUUCAAAGAAGACCAUGUUUAAGAAUGCUAAACGCAUUAUGUUACAAUACCUGCAGAUGUUGAUGGAGGAGAUCCUGGAGACACUGAUGGAAUCUCUGAAUGAAGCAAUAGAGUUGUCACUCAAGACAGAUGAUCACAUUAUUCCAGGGUUGCUGAAAGAAGGAAGCAGCUGUAGACUGAACCUAAUCAAAGUCAAACAUGUGCUUAUAUUUCCUGGUCUCAACCACUGUAACCAAGUUAUAAUUUACUUCUAUUUAUGAGUAACAUUUUACUAUAUUUUUUUGGGGCUAUAUGUUGUUUUUAGAGACGUUUUUUUUUACUUUUUCAGUUUAUUAUUACAUUACAUUGCUUUUAUCUUUUUUACUUUAUUUUAUGAAGAUAGUGUAGGUUGAUGAGACCAGUGUCUUAAACAUCUGUAAAUCAUGGGUACGGUACAUUAUUCACGGAUUUAUUGAUUGAAGUGAUGUUAACUUUUUCUACUUCUUUACUUUUACUACUUCCUUUUAUCCAUAUUUUCUCAUAGUAACUACCUUUAUGUUUUUAAGUGUAGUUUUUAAAUAGUUUUAUAUAUUUGCUUUACCCAGCAUGUUUUUCAUUGUUUUCAUUUUGUCAACUUUUCAGCUUUUUUUUGUAAUGUCUUCUUGUUGUCACGGUGCUCUAGGUAGCGGACCCACAUGCACGGCGGAGCCAAAGCUCGGUGAUAAUAAGGAUUUAUUAUAACUCGUCGUCAGGCAGGCAAAGGUCGGUACACAAAGGCGGCAGUUACAGUACAGGCAGGGAUUAAACAGUCGGUGGUCAGAAGGCAGGCUUAGGUCAGACUUACGGCAAGGCGGUAUCACAGGUGAGGCAGGCGGCAAGGUCAGGGAAAACAGGGUUGGUCACAAAACAAGAUAUGAAUUAAUGCUGGACUGCUGGCAAUAACAAAGACAAUCUGGCAACUGGGCAGGGCUAGAGCUGGUGCUUAAAUGCGGAGUGAUGAUGACUAGAUGGGUAACAGGUGAGUUGAUUAGAACCGGAAGUAAGGCUGGCUGAAACUAACAAUGACUGAGACAGGAAGUGGUGACAAAAUAAAACCGGAAAUGAGUAAUUGCAGUGACUAAAUGACAUGAGCUGUGACAGAACCCCCCCCCGUCUAGGGCGGAUUCCAAGACGACCAAAACAAAACACAACCAAGCAAGAUGGGUGACAGGCUAGAACAGAAAACGAGAGGAUCAAAACACACAGAAUGACUUGCAGGAACAGAAUAAAGUCCAUGAGUAAUGAGUCCAUGACGGGGGAAAUACAAAGUCCAGAUACUUCCUCAAGGAGGGUGGUGAUGAGGAGAGCCACGGCCGCGCAGCCGCCAGGCCGAGACGGCACAUCUUGUGCCCGAGGGCAAGGCUGGAGUCCUAGGAGGCCGGCGUCGGAACAAGACGCCUUCAUUGGCCAAACACAUGCGUUGGUGCUCUCCAGACCAGCGGUGCUCUAGGGGGCUGAGGAGGUGUGGCGAUCGGCAACGGCGGGAUGCCGGAACCAGCGACGAGGACAGACAUGGAUAUGAGGCCGGAACCAGAGACGAAGCCGGAACCGGAGAUGAGGCCGGAACCAGAGACGAAGCCGGAACCACCGACGAGACCGAGCAGGCGCCGGACCACCAGGGGCUGAGACGAGCGUGGCCGGGACCGGGCCACCAGGAGCUGAGGCAGACGCGAUCUGUGCCAGAUCACCAGGAACCGAGGCAGACGCGAUCUGUGCCAGAUCACCAGGAACCGAGGCAGACGCGAUCUGUGCCAGAUCACCAGGAACCGAGGCAGACGCGAUCUGUGCCAGAUCACCAGGAACCGAGGCAGACGCGAUCUGUGCCAGAUCACCAGGAACCGAGGCAGACGCGAUCUGUGCCAGAUCACCAGGGACUAAGGUAGACGUGGUCGGACCACCAGGAGCUGCACCUGCACACACUGACCCAAAAAACACGGGAACCAGAAACGGGCCGACCACCUCCUGCCCACCGGGGACUGGACCGCCAGGAGCUGAAGCUGGGACGACCUCCUCAUCCUGGAGGCCAGCAGGAAACAAAGCUGGACCGACUCCCUCCUGGAGGCCGGCACAAACCGGAGCUGGAACGACCCCCUCCUGGAGGCCGGCAGGGACUGCAGCAGGAGCCGCGGCAGGAGCGACCCCCUCCUGGAGGUCGGCAGGGACUGCAGCGGGAGCUGCAACAGGAACGACCCCCUCCUGGAGGCCGGCAGGAACUGCAGCAGGCGCGACCCCCUCCUGGGGAUCUUUGGGAACCGCAGCAGGCACUGCGACGGGUGCGACCCCCUCCUGGGGAUCUCUCCGAGGCCGACAGUGGCAGGAACUAGAACGGCGUCCUCGCUGGAGCCGACAGGAACAGGAACUAGAACGGCAUCCGCACAGGAGCCGACAGGAACAGGAACCACCUCAACAGGUAGGUCGACAAGGACUGAGGCCUGGUUUGGCUGGCAAGGGGUGCCCACUAGCUGGCGUAAAGCUGGAGCUUGAGCGUGACGUGGCUGAGCUGAGGCUUGAGCUUGAGCGUGACGUGGCUGAGCUGAGGCUUGGGCUUGAGCGUGACGUGGCUGAGCUGAGGCUUGGGCUUGAGCGUGACGUGGCUGAGCUGAGGCUUGAGCUUGAGCGUGAUGUGGCUGAGCUGAGGCUUGGGCUUGAGCUUAAGCUUGAUGUGGCUGAGCUGAGGCCAAGGCAGGACUGGGUGUGGACAGAGUCGCAUAUUGAGGCGUAGACUGUGACGCAGGAACCGACGCAGCUUGAGACGCAGGAACGGGUGCGGGCUUAGACGCAGGAACGGGUGCGGGCUUAGACGCAGGAACGGGUGCGGGCUUAGACGCAGGAACGGGUGCGGGCUCUGACGGUGGUUCAGUGAAACCCAGGGCCUCGCGCAGUGCAGGCUUUCGAGCGAUGAGCCUGGCAGCUUCACGGAAGCGAUGCUCCUUGGUAAUUGGGUCGGUCGCUGCCACCGCGGAGUUCAGGUAAUGGGCAAACAGGAACAGGACUGGAGGGGCACAUUGAGCACGGAUCCGCUGGAAGGUGCUGUCCGGGAUGCCUGCGAUGGAGGUGGGGAUGUCGUCUGAUGGAGCAAGGAGGCCCUCUGCUGGAGGAGAGGGUUGCUUGAUCUCAGUGGCCGAGUCCUCUGGAGCCUGGACAGGGGGAACCGGCUUUUGUCGACGCCGUCUGGGCCGCCGACGACCCGAUGUGGAUUCCAUCUCCUCACCCGCCGUGACUGAUGCAGAAGAUGGGGCCAAGGCAUGAACGGGAUCCAACUGGACAGCGUCUGGAGCGAGAGCGUGACCCAACUGAGCAGCAACAGGCACUUCCGCUUGAACUGCCGGAGCGGCAACAGGAACGUGAACAGGACCAGACUGAGCGGCAACAGGAACGUAAGCUUGAUCUGACAAAGCGGCGACUGCAUAAUCCUUCGCAAACUCCUCGAAGCACCAGCGGAGGUCCUCCGCCAGACUCGAGCAGGUAAAAACCAUCGCGACUGUGCGUUGUCCACGUACACAAAAAACAAAAUCAACUACUGACCUUAAACAGAUGCAGGACGCCGGCUGGGUCCGAGUCUGGCCAGAUUGUACUGUCACGGCGCUCUAGGUAGCGGACCCACAUGCACGGCGGAGCCAAAGCUCGGUGAUAAUAAGGAUUUAUUAUAACUCGUCGUCAGGCAGGCAAAGGUCGGUACACAAAGGCGGCAGUUACAGUACAGGCAGGGAUUAGACAGUCGGUGGUCAGAAGGCAGGCUUAGGUCAGACUUACGGCAAGGCGGUAUCACAGGU